AUUGGCAGAGCUCAGGCGACAUCGUCUGACUGUACGCUGCCCUACCACGUCCUCCCUCCUGUCCAUCCUCUGCCUAUCUCUGGAGUCAUCGUCGUGGUGCAAUGGUACAGACCUAUCAGACUCAGACGACCUACCCAACGCCAUUCGCCAUCCUCGCGCCUGCCUACUUCCUACGCUACCCAAAUCCAUACGCUCCACACGUCCUUUCUACCGAUGUCCUAGAACGGCGCAUCGUCUACAGGAGGCAAGAUGUAGCAUCAGCUCCUCCGGCAGCGGAAGAUGGAGCUAGCUCUGCUUCCACAUCGUCGUCGUCAUCAUCCUCUGGCUCUGUCGUCCGCCCGGUACUGCUCACAUCCCGGCUGAUUCUCAAGAAGGGUACGCUCCCUUCCUGGGCUCCCCGUGGUCUGAUUAAAAACUCCGAAAGCUGGGUUCUCGAAGUGAGCGAAGUAGACCUGGAUGGAGACCUCCCUGGUGGAUCUGCCUCGAGCGCUGGCGGGGUCAUACCAGAGGGAGACUCUGACUUUACAAAGAUGUACCCCCCUAGGGGUGAAUUGGCGAGACCUGCCGACGGGACUUGGCAGGGUGUUCCGGCACAGAGUCAGGCCGGCAGGACGGGCAGGCAGAUGAGGACUUGGACCAGGAACGUGGACCAUACGACGGUACUCGCAGUUGCUGAAGGGCUGACCUUUAGCGAGGUUCUCCCAGAAGAGCCGGCUCAGCAGAAGACUGCUUCUACAGCUCCUCUAGCCAAGGGAAAGGGCAAAGAGAAGGAGGCAGCAGCACUUGGCACUAGCGUGGGUGCCACACCAGCAUUCCUGCCCACGCAUUGUCUCAUCAGCGCUCACAUCACCAGCGAUGUGUCCGUCUUGUGGGGCAGGAUUGAGAAGUUCGGCAUCAAGCGCUUCAAGGCGCACAUAGACACUUCACGGCAAGGUCUCCUCCACACCUCGUCCCUCCUCUCCCACAAUGUCUCCCCCUUCUCCCAGUCACUCGUACCACCACGUCGCUCCGGCCCCCUCGCCAAUCUCCGCGAAUCGCUCCGUCCCCCUUGGCUGGACGGUCUCCCCCUCUCCCCUCUAGCCUCUCUCCGUCUAAGGCUAGCAAGAGGUCGAGAACGAUGGGUCGAGGCAAAGGAACGAGCGAAGAAGAGGUAUAGGGACGUCAAGGAGGAGGGAAUCUGGGGUCAUGUAGGGCGGAAAGAGAGGGAGGAAGGGAUGGCAGAUUGGAGAGAGGCUGUUAGGGAAAGGCUUGUGAGGGGGAGGCAGAGGUGGUGGGGCGGCACGGUGGAGAGUAGGACGGAAGCAAGAGGAGCUGCGACUGCUGCUGUUGACAAGAAGUCAUCGGAAGAGCGGCAAAGCGACGGGGAAAGGAGCCAGACUAGUACGGUGGAGCUGCCGAGGGAGCGAGCUGCGAGGCUGGCUCAAGAGCGUAAAGAAGGACGAUGAGCGGUUGCUUUCCUCGUCAAUACAAUGUAACACUUCACCCC